GAAACUUAAAGGAAUCAUAAAGAGAGCAGAUACCGCAUGGCCUAUAGAGGAGAACACACACAUUAGGAAAGAUAAGGAGGAGUUUGCAUAUUGGCACUUUCCUGUUGCGGGACUGUGAUUGGCUGUUGAUGUCAGAGGAAGCCCACAGAAUGUGGUCCACCUUUCGUCACUAUUUCCCUGCUGACACAAUCACAAUGGCCACGACUGCAGAUAUUGCCAGCCAACUUCAGUGCUUCAUGUGUAAAAAGACAGAAGAUUUAACCACUCUGAUGUGUGUACACACACCUUUUGCAGAAGCUGUCUCGAACAGCUCACAAACGUCAGCGAUCCUCAGUGUCCUCAGUGCCCCCAGGCUCCUAGGAGGGUGGAGAUGGAUGAUCAGAGUCACUUUAACACAGAUGAAAGAGAUUUAACUCCUGACACAAUCGCAAUGGCUACAACUGCAGAUACUGCCCGCAAACUUCAGUGCUUCAUGUGUAAAAUCCUGACAGAAGAUUUAGUCACUGCGAGUUGUGGACACACAUUUUGCGAAAGCUGUCUGAAUCAGCACGUAAACAUGAGCGAUCCACAGUGUCCUCAGUGCCACCAGGCUCCUAGGAGGAUGGAGAUGGAUGACCUGAGUCACAUUAACACAGAUGAAAGAGGUGAGAUCAUGUGCGACAUCUGUGAGGUAAACCAGAGGUUCAUAGCUGUGAAGUCCUGCUUGACCUGUUUACUCUCAUACUGUGAGCGUCAUCUGAAGCCGCAUCAGUCUAUGGAGAGGCUGAAGGGUCAUAGACUUAUAGAUCCAGUGGAGAGAUGGGAUGAGAGGGCGUGCGGUGACCACGGCAGACCUCUGGAGCUCUACUGUACCCGAGACGAAUGCUGCAUCUGUGCCUUAUGUGUGAAACCUGGUGUAGAUGUCAUAACUGUGGUGACAGAGAGACAGAGGAGAGAGGCCAAACAGCAAAGGACUAUUGUGGAGUUGGAAAGCAUGAUAAAAAAGGGAGCAAAAAAAAUUCAAGACCUUGAGGAUAGAGUCAGAAAAAAUGUGGCUGAGAUUAACAGAGAGCAGACAGAGAUAAAAAAGGUGUUUGCUGCAGUGAUGAAUGAUGUGAGGAGAGCUGAGGAGAAGCUGCUUGCUCCUCUGGAAGAUGGAAGAAGGAGUCUGGAGAGAGAGAUGGAAGAGAAGACACAGAAGAUACAGGAGGACAUGCAAAAGUAUAAAAAAAUGAUCGACAGAUUGAAUCAGACUCAGAAUGAAGAAGACGACAUCCUCUUUCUCCAGUCGUAUCCAACUGUGCCGGCUCAACUCAGAGAUGAUUGGAGAGUUGCUAUUGACACGGAACUAAACUUUGGCUCCAUGAGAAAUACAACCACAUCUGUUUUGACUUCUAUUAGGACUCAGCUGGAGAAUCUUUGCUUUAUUGAAAUUACAAGGAUUCAGAGGUUUUUAGUGGAUGUGACUCUGGAUAAAGAAACCGCACAUCCAGCUCUGGAAGUUUUUCAAGAUGGCAAAACUGUAAGAGGCAAAGCAAACGCUCAUGACAUCCGGAGAGGCACCAAUCUGUUGGAUGGUGUCUUGGGAAAUCUUCAGAUCACGUCUGGAAAAGCAUUUUGGUUAGUGGAGGUGGGACAGACAACAGGCUGGGAACUGGGCGUAGUGAGAGAAAAUGCAAACCGAAGAGGAAAUGUCUCCUACAAACCCAGUGAGGGUUAUUGGGUCUUUCUGUUCUCUGGUCCAAACACGUAUGGAGCUUUUGAAGAUUGUCCAAUUCAGCUGCAUCUCUCCACCAAACCUCAGAAGGUGGGAGUGUUUGUCGACUAUGAGAGCGAUCUCAUCUCCUUCUAUAAUAUGGACAAUCUGUCACAUAUUUACACAUUUACUCAGUGUAGAUUCAAUGGAACCAUCCGUCCGUAUUUUAACCCUCAUCCCAACAAAAAUGUCAAAAAUUCAGAUCCAAUGAAAAUUUUUUUCUAGUAAUUCAACUGAUAUUCAUAUGUGAGAGGUGCAACAUAUACAGUAAAUAUCUCAC